AUGGGAGCAGAGAGACGGGGUGCCUGGGUGGUUAUGGCGCUCUGGGACUCCGCUAAUAGUUUUUGUUUCCUGAUUAUCUUCCUUGUGGAUUGUUUAGCAGUUGCUGCAACCAACAUGGAGCCCAUAUACUGGAAUUCCCUGAAUAGAAGGUUUGGAGACGAGAGGGGGUACGUGCUCUACCCCCAGAUAGGAGACCGCCUGGACCUGAUCUGCCCCGCCUCCAGCCCCGCCGGACCCCACUCCCCUCCCGAAUACGAGUAUUACAAACUCUACCUGGUGUCCACGCGGGAGCAGGCCGACCGGUGUGAGGUCAUCGGCGCCCCCAACCUCCUCCUCACCUGCGACAAACCCAACAGCGACAUGCGUUUCACCAUCAAAUUUCAGGAAUUCUCUCCUAACCUGUGGGGCCAUGAAUUCAAGAGUCUACAAGACUACUACAUCAUCUCUACCUCUGAUGGCACACGGCAAGGGCUGGACAGCAUGAGGGGGGGUGUGUGUGCGACACGAGGGAUGAAAGUGGUGCUUAAAGUUGGACAGUCUCCUUAUGGUCUGCCCCCAAAACCCAAAGCUGACCCAGGCCGUAGCAACACCAGGACCCCAGACGAAGGGGCCGAAGAAUCCGGAGAGAGGGGAGAGAACGGUUCCACGCCCAUGUCUAACGUGGCCCUGAUCGCCGGAGCGGCGGGCGGGGGAGCCUUUCUGUUACUCGUGACGGCGAUCAUCUGCGUGGUGUGUUACCAGCGGAGAAAAGCCAAACACUCCGAAACGCACCACCCCGCCCUCUCUCUCUCCUCCCUCACGCCCAAAAGGGGCAGUACCGCCGGAGGGGGCGGGGCCUCCGGCAGCGGGGGGAACAACAACGGCUCCGAGCCCAGCGACAUCAUCAUCCCUCUGCGGACUUCGGACUCGGCGUUCUGCCCUCACUACGAGAAAGUCAGCGGCGACUACGGGCACCCGGUGUACAUCGUCCAGGAGAUGCCUCCUCAAAGCCCCGCCAACAUCUACUACAAAGUAUGA